CCUCGGGCCUGGGGGCGGGUGCUCGCGGGAGGUCCUCUGGCCGCGCCAGUGGCCGCUGCGCAGAUCGUCAGGGGCGUCGUCCCGUCGCGCCAACCCCUCCCUCACCUCGAGUCUCCGCGAUGUCCCCCGCGCGCCUGUCCCCUCCCGCGCAGUGCUUGCCUUUGUUCCAGGAAUAGCUCCAGGUUCCCGCUGCUGCGGCUGGGCCUCGCUCUGGAGCCCACCGCCGCUCUCUCCGGCCAGCCGGCCCCUCCCACGCACUCUUGGACUCCGUGCUGCACUCCAGCUGCAAGCUGGGCUCCUGUUACACAUGGGACACACCACCCGCAGCUCGGCCGCAGUCAACCGCCCCCUGCCAGACGACCAGGCCUGGGUCUGAGUGCCGAGACCUGCGCUGCCGCUGCUAUCGCCGCCCAGCGCAUCCACCGACAGACCGCAGCCUCCAGCGAUCUGGACUCGCCCAGGAGGUAUCCAAGCCUGCCACAGCCCCUGGACAACGGUUCAAACAGCUGGCCACUGUCUUGGAGGGGCCGGCCAGCCUUUCACCUUCAGCGGGACCCCUUCCCUCCCCACUUACUCCCAGAGACAUCUUCUGCUCCUGCCAGAUGGCCGCCAGGUCCCAGUGGUGCCUGGCAGCCCCAUCGAGUCACUCAUUUUCUCCUGGGGACCUUUUAGU